AUGGAUGGCGUCAAGCUCUACGAAUACUACUUCCACGCGAAAGUGGAUGCAAUUGGCAAGGAACUGCAGAAAAGACUUGAGGAUGCUGAAACUGCUUUAAACGAGCAUAAAGCUGCACAGGCUACUCGUGAGCAGGGGAUCCUCAAGCGCCUGAAAUCACAAAGUCGACGCACUCAAAGCCAAACAAACCAAGAGUUUGAUCUGGAGAAUCCCGACAAUGAUCCUCUCCUCGACGCACUUUCUUAUCUGGAGCUUCAUGGCUCCGAAAUUCGAGAAGGCGUGGCAAAUGCUAGUGCAGGAUUGUCGACGCUGUUCCCCUACUUCUUCCCGAAGAAAGAGGAGCCCCCGACUUUCCUUGCCCUUGCCAAGAGCUUCAAUUCAUCAGAGGACCUUGGACUGAAGAUGCGCCAGGAAAAUAUGAAGAUUGCUGUCGAAAGCACUGUUGCCCUGGUUGCUGACAGCCAACAAACUGUUGAUUGGAUGAAAGUUGGCGACACCGAUCAGAUAGAGCAGUCAAGAUGGAGGUCGCUGAUUAAGGCAGCCAAGCCCAACACGAAGAAAAUCUUGGCCUAUCUCGGGAUCAAACCAGCUUCAACUCCUAGCUCAUCAAGGCCGGAGGUCUAGUUGCAUGCCUCUUUGUUUUUCUUUCUCUGUUUCUUUUGCUCUUGUCGCCAAAGUAGUUAUUUGGCGAUACGUACUUCAUUAGCUCCACUGUAAGGCCUUUGUAACUAUUCCGAAAGAUUAAUGAAAACUCUAUCUUUGCUUGUUGAUUGAUGUUGUCUUGUUUUAUUAAAUUUCAGUUGGUAUUUGAUAACUAUACUCCA